UGCAAAUAUCUCCAAGAGCUUCAAUCGGAUUUUAGGAUUUGUAGACAUGAAACUUUUUUCAGAAAUCAAUUCUUCAAUUCGGUAGGCUCUGCAUGCCGAUGGCUGCAUGCUUGCUUCUGAAAGCUGAUUGGCUCAAUCACUAUCGGAAUGAAUGAUCGACUUUAUCUUUCCUGUCGGCUUCCAUGUCCUGAAGAAGAAACACAGCUCUUUCAUACACGACAAAGACCUUCGCCAUGAUAUAGACCAAGCUCUGCCAAAUUGAGAAUGUGAUUUCAGCAGGAGCAUAAUCGAUUCUGGAUCUAUAAAAUUAUCUGGAAAUCGUUGCUUAACAUCAAAAAUGGGGGACAAUUCAGCCUUCUUCUACGGCACCUUGAUGGCCCGCGAAGUCCUCUACCGCGUCAUCUACGGCGACGAAAAAGUCACCCCCGUAACCACCAUCCUCGCCGCAAACCUCACCCGCACCCCAGCCAUCCUCCACAACCACUGCCGGCACAAAGUCCUCGGGGACGACUACCCAGGCGUCACCCCCCAGGAAGGCCACUCCGUCCGCGGAGUCUACGUCACCGGCCUCUCGGACCUAGACAUGUUCCGCCUGGACAUCUUCGAAGGAGACGAGUACACGAGAGUGAAGGUUACCGUGAAGCUGUUGGUGCAGGAUGGGGACAAGGAGGUAGAGGGUGAGGAGAGAGAGACAGAGACGUAUAUCUUUACGGCGCCGGAGGAGCGGUUGGAGAAGGCGGAGUGGGAUUAUGAGGAGUUUCGGAGGGAGAAACUGUGGAGAUGGGCGAGUACGAAUGAGGAGUAUGAAGAGGUUGAUGCGGCUGUUUCUGCUGCUGCUGCUAGGCAAGAUGGCCAUGAUCCCACGGGCGGACGAGGCAUCUUCUCAGCGGCUCCAAAAAAAGAGCAAGAGGAGACUCUUGAGAGUGCAGUCUGAUGGAUCUCGUUGACGCGACUUAGAAUUCUUGAUGGUCCAGAAAAUCUCCAUAACAUAGAAUCUGUUUCUAGCAUCAUAUCUUCUAGUCAUCGCCUGCCUGCAAGGCGCAAAAGGAGUCCAGUCUUGCCAGUUUCCGUCAAAUAGCAUCCUAGAUAUUCUUGUUUUGAUGGUCUUGUAUCCACUAUUGAUAUGGAGCAAGGCUAACAUCGUUGAG